CAAUUUGCAUUUCACCCAACCAUGAGCAUGAAGACGGGAGUGUCCGCGUGGUUCCAGAAGGAGAUUGUUCUUACAGCACCGUCGCGCGGCUUUCACUUGGUGACGGACGAAGUGUACAAGCAGGUACCUGAAAUCCGCAACUUUACAGUGGGCAUGGCAACGCUCUUCGUCAAGCACACGUCUGCGUCGUUAUCGCUCAACGAAAACUGCGACCCGGACGUGCGAACUGACAUGGAAGGCGCUAUCAAUCGCAUCGUCCCCGAGAGCUGGAACCGAGAUCUGUUCCGCCACACCAUGGAAGGCGAUGAUGACAUGCCCGCGCACGUCAAGUCCACCCUCAUCGGCGCGUCCAUUCAAGUGCCACUGACGAAUGGCAAGUUCAACCUGGGCACGUGGCAAGGAGUUUACUUGUGUGAACAUCGGGACGUCGGGGGGUGGGGCCACGGCCACAACCGCAAGAUCGUGGUGACGUUGACCGGAUUGACCAGUUAAGCCAACAAUAGUACUACUAACGUUACUAGUACUACUAGUAUACUACUUUAUUCCA